AUGGAAGGGGCUCCGGCUGCGACCGAUGUAGCGGCUGCCACCGGCGUCCUCACGCCCACCCCGCCUGAGCAACGCGGCGAGCAGGGCCCUGCCGCCGAUGGCGCCAGCCAGCGGUGGCCGCUGCCGCUGCCUAUCCCCGGCUGGUUCCGGAGGGCAGAAAGUGAGCAGGAGGAGGCACCCAGAGCGCCCGUGCAGGUGCAAGUAGCCGCCGGCAGCAAGCAGCCCAUCCUGUCGUUUGCCGGUGGCGGCAUCUUCUUUUGGUGGGAGCUGGGCUGCCUGCGCUACCUGCACCGCAACUUUGACCUGACCAAGGUGCAGCUGGUGGGCGCCUCGGCGGGCGGCCUGAUCGCCACCCUGGCAGCCUGCGGCGUGGACGAGGACAAGGCGGUGCGCGUGGCCAACCGCCUGGCCCAGGAGUAUGGCGUGUUUGAGCGGCCCGGCGGGCUGGCGGGCAUCUGGGGCUCGCUCAUCCGCGCCUGGCUGGAGGAGCUGCUGCCGGAGGAUGCGGCGGAGCGGUGCGCGGGGCGGGUGCGGCUGGUGGUCACCGAGGUGCCCAGCCUGAAGCUGCGGUACCUGCAGGACUUUGAGUCCAAGCAGGACCUCAUUGACGCCAACAUGGCCAGCGCCUUCAUCCCUUUCUUCCUGGACGGCAAGGCCACCUGCCCCUACCGCGGCCGCUCCUACAUCGACGGCUCCCUCUGGGAUUUCCUGCUGUCCGACAACUCAGACCUCAUCAAGUGCGACGGCAAGGCGUGCGUGGUGGACUAUUUCAACGAUGACCAGCUGCAGUGGAGCCGCCUGGAUUUCAUCAAGCUGGCAGACCUGCAGCAGGUGCAGGCCUUUGUGGGGACGGGCUACGCGUACGCGGCGCGCGUGGACGCAGCCGGCGACUGCUUUGAGCGCCCGCUGGGCAGCACCCGUAAGGGCACGGUGAGGAAGGUGCUGGAGGUGCCGGUGUGGGGCCUGCGCCGCGCCCUGGCCUCAGUGGAUGGCUGA